AGACACUCCUGCAGGCACAGCUCCUGGGUCCCUGCAGGUGUUGCCGAGGAGGAAGCCCAGUCUGCACCAUGAACCCGCGGCUCCUGCUCUGCCUCGUGGCCAGCUUGGUGGGUGCCUGGUCUACCAUCCACGCUCAAGGUGUCUCGGAGGACUGCUGCCUGCACUACAACCGCUGCGUGCGGCCCCAACGGCUCCAGCUUGCCCAGGGCUACCGGCGCCAGGAAGUGAGCGGGAGCUGCAACCUGCCUGCCGUGAUAUUCUUAUUACCGAAAAACAAGGUGCUGUGUGCGAACCCGAGGGACACUUGGGUGCAGAAGAUGACAGACUUCCUGGAUGCUGGGAACAAGACCUUCCCAAAACACCUCCAGAGACACUUUCACGGCCCCCCCUUUAGAUGUAGGAAGACAGGCCCUGGAAACUCCAAACUCCCACCAGCCAAGUUUAGGAGGCCCGGCAGAAUCAAUAAGAGGGAAACUUCCUUCCGGACAAAAGCUAAUGCAGGACCAUGAGCCCGAGCAUCUCCAGGAUUAGCCCAGCACGAGAUGGGCUGGACCUUUCUUCACCACAACGGCCCCCUGCGGCUCCGGGUGCCCCAGCCUCCCUGUCAUUUGGGCCGAAUCUCUGUGCCUGUGCCUGAGCCUGCGGCUGGCUACCUCCUAUCGCCCCUGCCACAUCCUGCUCCUCAGGCAGCUGGAAGGAGAGAGCUGACCUUAUUUCGAGCCCCCUUGCCUGCUCCAGGAGCCAGAGUCAGCGCUAAGCAGUGGGUUUGUAGAGCACGGUUGGAAUACCUCGCCUACCAGAGCCUCUUGCCACCCGUCCUGGGCCACGCCUGCCUGGGUCCCUCUGAGUCCUUGUAAAGCACCCAUCCCUGGAUGCUUCUCCCAGACCGUGCUUUUCUACAGUUUUUAAAUAAACCUU